GCCGCUGGCUCUAUAAACGCCCGGCACCGCCGCGUGUUGGUCGAGCCGCGCGGUGCAACGGCUGCGGGUCCAACGGCCGCGGGAGCCGGGCGGGAGGUGUCUCUAGCCAGAAACCAUGAACUGGAACUUCCCACUCAUCUUUGUUCUUGGGACUUUAGCAUCUGUAUAUUCCCAGUUCGGCUUUCACCCUCUGGAGGAACUUAGCUCUGAUGUUGGAAUCCAAGUCUUCAAUCAGAUAGUGAAAGCUAAGCCUCAAGACAAUGUUGUUGUUUCUCCUCAUGGGAUUGCAUCGGUGCUGGGAGUGUUGCAGCUGGGUGCUGACGGCAAGACAAAGAAGCAGCUGACAACUAUGAUGAGAUACAGCGUAAAUGCAGCUGGAAGCAAAGAGGAGAGCCAGCGUCAUGAGACCAGCCAGCUCUCCCCGGACCACAAGCAAGUGCUCCGUGGACCACCAGUGGUCCACAGGAUACAGUUUGAGAACCUCUGUUAUGGAGUUGGUAAAGCCUUAAAGAAGAUAAACAAGCUCAUAGUCUCAAAAAAGAAUAAAGACAUUGUUACAAUUGCUAAUGCAGUGUUUGCAAAGAGUGGCUUUAAAAUGGAAGUGCCUUUUGUUACAAGGAACAAAGAGGUGUUUCAGUGCAGUGUCAACAGCGUGGACUUUGAGGACCCAAAGGCAGCAUGUGAUUCCAUCAACCAGUGGGUGAAAAAUGAAACAAGGGGUAUGAUCGAUCAGGUUGUAACACCAGAUGAUAUUGGCAGCAGUUUGACUAGGCUGGUUCUAGUAAAUGCUGUGUAUUUCAAGGGCUUAUGGAAAUCACGAUUUCGACCUCAAAAUACAAAGAAACGCCCUUUUUAUGGAGCUGAUGGGAAGACCUACCAAGUUCCGAUGCUAUCCCAGUUAUCUAUCUUCCACUGUGGCACUGCGAGUACUCCAAACGAGCUGUGGUAUAAUAUCAUUGAGUUGCCGUACCAUGGUGAAAUGAUAAGCAUGUUGAUUGCUCUGCCGACAGAAAGCACAACACCACUCUCUGCUAUCAUUCCCCACAUCAGCACAAAAACAAUAGAAAGCUGGAUGGCAACCAUGGUAGCAAGAAGAGUGCAGGUUAUUUUACCGAAAUUUACAGCAGUAGUAGAAACAGACUUAAAGGACCCUCUGCAAGCACUUGGGAUUACAGAUAUGUUUGACGAGUCAAAGGCAAACUUUGCAAAAAUAACAAGAACAGAAGGUCUUCAUGUAUCUCAUAUUUUGCAAAAGACAAAAAUCGAAGUCAGUGAAGAUGGAACCAAAGCUUCUGCAGCAACAACUGCAAUUUUAAUAGCCAGGUCAUCCCCUCCUUGGUUCAUAGUAGACAGGCCGUUUGUAUUUUUCAUCCGGCACAAUCCUACAGGUACAAUCUUGUUUAUGGGACAAAUAAACAAACCUUGAAUGUGGAAAAGACUUUCUUCAAGAAGUAAACGGACACUAGUGACACACCCGUGUUCUGUUAAAUAUUUUGUACACUACUCUGACUUCACUCAAGAGCUACUUUUAACCACUGGCUAGGUUUUGAAACAGGAGUCAACAUAGUUCUGGCUUUGUGGGGAAAAGUACAGAUUGAAAACUACAGUAUCUCUUCAAAAUGUCUAAAAGAUUCUCUAAACUACUGAAUGGUUACCUAUGCUAAUAAACUUUUCUGUAUCUACUAAGAAUUUUGUGUAUGGCUUUUGUGAGAGGAUUUUAACAGAGAAUGAGAAGUGCUUCUAUUAAUGUUGGUUUCUUCUAGUGUGUGGAAAAGGUCUAAUUUUGUAGAUGCUGCCUAUCAAGAUUACUUUGGGGUCUUGAAACCUGGAUAUUCUUCGUAGAAAUAGAUUAAAAGUUCUAGCAAUUUUUAUUUUAUAUAGUGCAUGUAUCGCUGAGAGUUUAGCUAAUGUGGUGUUAAAUACACAUCGCAUUGUCCUGUCUUAUUGUAAUGUAAACUUGUCAUUGCUAGUAUACACUUUCUAUUGGAUUUAAAUUUUAUAUUUGUUUUUGUACAAAGGAAAAAUAAAACUGCAUUAUGAACAGUCAGU